AAGUCUGUGCAGAAGAGGACAGGCGCCUCGACUAGAAGGCCGGAUCCGCUGGCCGCUUCGUAUCGUAACGCGCGGUGCGAGCGAGAGCAGCUGUUGGUAUUAGGCGCUCGCUCCCCCCUUGUUUAGGAAACAAUGGACCGCGCGGUGGGGAUAACAUGCGGACGCGAAAAACGACGGGUGCAUGGAAAACGCCUGCAGGCCGUGCGUCAUCUGACGCAGUACAGUACCGUCCAGGCAAACGCAGAGGCGGUAAUCUUUGUGUUGAGUGUGUGGCUGCGCGAAGGUAUCGGCAACUUGCUUCUAUAGACAAGGGUUCGUCGUCGGAAAGACCUUCGUUGACUGGUCAUGUGUCAUGGAGCAGUAAACUGGUGAAAGCUCUUAUUGUGAUUGCCUCCACACUGCUUUCGGCACUCUUCCGCUUUCCGUGCGGUCUGAGCCAUGGCAAAUAAAGUAAAUCCCACCAACAGCGACGCUGCCUCAUUGAAGACGCUUUCAAUUACGACACUGAGAAGCACUACUAAAACACCCUGAAGGUCGUUUAGACAAAUAUCUGAACAUUUUUGAAGAACGACGACUAUCCCUCCUAGAGGAAAGCUUGCAGUACGCCACCGACCACUUACACUAUGCCAUUGAGUCAUUGUCGCCUCUACGUUGUCACUUCUUUGCUGGCUGUUGGCGGCUUCGGGGCUGCGUGGGCACGGAGUUCUCUGUACGAGAAGGUCCCCGGCACGUGUCGGAUGGAAAGCCAGCUUUACUUGGAGCCACGCUUUUUCAGCCUAAUCACGUGUGCGCGCUGCUACAAGUACAUGGCCAGCCUGGCUUUCAAGAACGCAUCCAGACUCACGUACUGUCGUGGGGCCAGGCUGUGUCGGGGUGACUGUGACGGCGAGUGCUUCACGCCAUACGGCAACAAGAGUGACGUGGAAAUCGCGGACACCUUCGCGAGGAAGCUGUACGCCGACCGAUGGGAGAGCUGUUGCCGCUCUGCUCGUCAAUGCUGCCAGGAGAUGCUCGAAGAUGAGCUGGCCGAGCCGACAGACACCAAAGACGGACCACGGUGUCCUGCAACAUGGGAUGGAUGGACUUGCUUCAAGGACACGCCCGCCGGAACGACAGUGCGAAAGCCAUGUCCUGCGCACGCGUACUUCAUCACUGAGAAGCCACAGUGCAUCAAGACUUCGAAAAAGAUUUGCUGGGACAACGGCACGUGGUACUACAGCCAGGAGUACGGCAAGGAGUACACCUUCUAUGACUGCGGUUCUCUCGAGUAUCACCGUUCGAUGACCAUCUUCUCCAUCGUUCUUCACUCCUUGUCCGUCGUCGUCCUCGUGCCGGCCAUCGUCAUCUUCUCCGUGUACAAGCAGCUGCAGGUUCAUCGCAUCUCGUUGCACAAAAACUUCUGUGUCGCCAUGGUUCUGUACGACAUCAGCGUCAUCCUCGUGGACUCGGUCUUUAUCCUGGACCACGUCAACGAGGAGAAGAACAUCCGCGUCAACCAGAAUCCGAGCCUGUGCAAGGUGCUCUACACCCUCUCACGCUACUUCCGGUUGUGCCAGUAUGCUUGGAUGUUCUGCGAAGGCUUCUACUUGCACAAGCUGAUCGCCUCCGCAUUUGCCGAGCAGAAGUCGCUUCUAGUCUUCUACGUCGUCGGAUGGGGUUGCCCGGCCAUCUUCGUGAGCAUCAGCGCCAUCUUGCGAGCCGUGCGGACGGGCCACCCUUGCUGGAUGGACAACGUAGAAGGAUAUAACUGGAUCACCUUGGCUCCAGGCUUGUUCUGUCUGUUUGCCAAUUUUAUUUUUCUGUGCAACAUCAUCCGCGUUCUCGUCACCAAGUUGAGAAGCACCCACGCGAAUGAGCCAAGCCAAUUUCGGAAAGCCGUACGAGCUGUGUUGGUGCUGUUCCCCCUGUUCGGCAUGCAUUUCCUAAUGACAGUGUACCGCAGCCCAUCCAACUGCGGUGCCUGGGAGGUCUACCAGUACAUAAGCAAGGCGUCAGAUGGCCUGCAGGGAUUUUUCGUAGCCGUCAUAUUCUGCUACUUCAACGGAGAGGUGCUGUACCUGUUGCGGCGUUCCUACGGACGCUACCGCCUGCAGCGGGGCUUCUCAAGUCGGAGGAGCCACAGUAUGGCCAUGACUCGCAUGUCCGUGUCCACGCACGUCUCAUCGGUCGGCGAUUCGCUUAAUCCCAACAACGGUUCCGUCAAGAAGUACACGUGCACUCGCAACGGUGACACCAUACCAGAGGACGAGGUCUGGAACUGACACCGAUUCCGCCGCCACCUUCUUCUAAGCGCCUCCAAAAAGCGGCAAAGUUCGACGCAGCAACGUGUGUUUCCCCUUCGCACCUCUUUUCGCUCUAUUGGUGCGAGAGAGCGGCAACAGUUCAGAGCCAGGACCAUCGUGUAAAAUCGAAUGCGACUCUGGUCACUGGCUCAGGGUGGCCGGUGUUAAACCAACUGUGAAAGUGUUCUUCGCUUACGGAAAUCUCUCACGACGCCCAGGACGAACUUUCGUUGCCUCAUGAUCACGAGGCCCUUCAUGAGCGCUCGGUGUAAUUAAUCGACUUCAUAAUUUUAAGCGCAUGUCGGAGCGCAUGUCGGAGCGCGUGCCGGAGCGAUCUAUCUCCCUUUGCGGAGUCACCUCGAACGAACGUUGUGCGCGCACGUGUUUUGCCGAGUGAGUGACCUUCGUAAUAGUGCUCACCAUGCAUACAACUCGUUCUUCUACUUCAGCCGUGGAUGAUGCAUUUGAAGGCGAUGGCUGUUGCUUACGGUGGACUCUACAGAGGAGGUUCCCGGAAUGAGGAUGGGGGGUGGGUUACGUUUUGAUGCCUAAACUGCAGCUGGGGCCCCAAGCAAGGUGUGAUGCGUCGUGUGUCUGAUUAUUAGUGGUCUGGACUCCUGCAAAGAAAACUGUCUGGCAGGUAUAACUGACCUGGUGCAAUGAAAGAAACUGUCGGGCAUUAUUAAACUCACCUUCCGUGUUGCCACGAUUAUGUUAGCGUCGGCCCAGUGAUGCGUAGACCCAGCAUGAGAGCCCCGUGUUAACAAGAGUGCCACUAGUCGACAAAAUUGGGCGUGGUUUUCAGGGGUUCCCUUGGACUUCGAAAUGUGUCAUCGCGUACCUGUCUCCACCGGAUCCUCCCUCCACGCUCACAAAUGUGUACGGGUUUGCCACGUUAACCACAGUGCUUGGCCGCAGUAAAACAAAUGAAUGACCAGAGCGCGGCCGGUCACAACCUCCUGAGCGGCGCUUGAGUAAGCGAACUUGCUCGUCAGCAUGCUCCGACACCACCGUUAUUCGAAGACGGAGCUACGGGAAUUGUUCACAAGAACCAAGCGAUUAACCUUCAAGAAGCAAAUCUUGGUGCGAGUGUUAGAAGCUCAGAGCAGCAGACAUCUGUCACCGUCAUCGGAUGCAUGGUGCGCUCAUCUGUCUAGUCGUUCUCACUCCUUACCUCCGCUACUCUUGCUGGAACAGCGUUACCGGGAACUGUAAGUCUUAAUGCAUGAACCAUGUUAUGUAGAACUAUCGAUAGCAGUCUCAUGGCUUGAUAGCGCUCUUGAGGCGCAGGCGAAAAGCAUUCCAGAUUUGGAGGGAACAAAGUAAGAAAAGAUUGACAAGCAUUCUAAAAUCUGCAGAGAACUACAAGAACAAUAUUAUCGGCUAUGUGUGUUAAAGUUUACCAGAACAGUACAGUAACUGUCUCCGGCAAUAAUUUAUUAACAUUGGACUUUCCUUCUUUUCAAUAUUUACUUCCCUUCCCUUUCCCCCUGUGCAAGGUAGCCAACCAGGCUCAGUCCUGGUUACCCUCCCUACCUCUCAUUUAUGAUCAUAUCUGUCUUUCUCCGCCAUGCUCCGUUAGGUCUACACAUGCAUAUAUACGUUAAAAAUUUACCUUUAAUAGCCUUCGAACCUGACUUAUAAGGCAUCACACCCUUAGUAGUUUGUCACUCACAGGCCAUUUAACGUUAUCUGUUUUCAUGACACAAUAAUUUUGCAGCGCGUUAAUGUUCUGUACAACAUAGCAGAUGGAGGACACUGAUCCCAAGUUGUUUGACGUGCUGUGCAGCUUCUAACGACAACCCGCAUGACGACGGCAAGAGAACCAGUGCAGCUGCAUUUUCGACGACAAGCUCCUUCUGUGGUAGUCGACCAGGCCCAUCGUGACAAAACAUAGCCGGUAGUGCUGACCGAACUCUGGCAAUGCAUCGAACGUUCUGGUUGAGUCAUCGAUACAAGCCUUUAGAGUACGACAAGUGUUGCGUGCAGUGUCGUGCCUGUGGCUGGCGUUCAGUUCACGGAGUCCCUCGCUGAGCCUCACGUGAUGCCGCCGAAGAUCGUCACCGCAACUUUUUGUAGGUAUAACGGAUACAGUCACGAGACCUUCUGGUGAAGUAUUCCUGGCAAAUUUUCAGUGACGGACUGAAAUCGACGAAAUACUCAAAAAAGACGAAAGUGGAGCUAUUUGUGAACUGACCAAUGCUUUGUUGUGUGAAUGUUGUCACUUCAAUCUCCUUGCCUCCAAGAUGCCAGCGUACACAAUCUAAACCAUUAUUUUGUGCUAUUUAUUACUUGUCAUCGUUCAUCUGCACGAUUCAGAGAUCAUUAAAACUCAUACUCGUUGUUGAAAAUGCUUUGGUGAACUCUAUUAUGUGAGAGAAAUCGCGAAACAUUGCUAUCGCUUCAAGUGAAAAUGAAAACAGUAUCAUUACUACACGGAAACAUUUAUUUUGCGACCAUCGGGUAUAGCAUAACCAUCGAACCAUCGGAUAGCAUCGGGUAGCAUAGCGAGGGAAACCGCUCGUACAUAUUCGACAUGUUUGCUCAAGUUACUGACAACUUUCAAGUUAACUAAAGCGUGCUGGUCAGUGACGGCAGCAAGUAUACCAAAAGCUAAAGCAAGCUAUUGGGUACUGACCUGGCUAUGUAGAAAAUCACAUCAGUCUGCUUGUUUGCAAGAAAUUGGAGCAUUUUGCUUUCUGAAUAGUGGUGCAGUGGGUUUGAUUACCACGGCUAUGCGAAUUGUCACUCAGGCUAGCCGUUUUCAUGAUUGAAGCAAAGCGGGCCUUGCCUUUUGAACCUGUGACGCCUGAGGCCAUGGUCUUAGAAUGUUCAUCGCUGAAAAUUGAUUACAUUACGGGGACGUCGUGCUCGAGAUCUCAACAAGGAAAAAAUCUCCAAACAUGCUGUAUCGUAUCUUCACAGCCGCGCGAACCAAAUUUAAUCGUGUCGACCAUUUACUAAGGAACGAGUAAGCUUUCGCAAAAGGUGCCAUUACCCAGUGGUAAUGUACCCUUACCCCAGGGGUAAGGGUGCAGUAAGCUGUGUCUAGAAUAACAAGGAGUUCCUUGUACAAUUAAUUGUGUGGGGCCACCCGUUCUACACUGUAACGGUGUUCCAGGAAGUGUCUGUC